AGUGUACAGUCGACAAUCGCCUUCGCCUGGCCAGGACCGGUGGCCGUGGUCCAGCGAUUGCAAGCGCUAGCUUGCUCGGAAAGUCUGGUGCAGCCGAGCGGGCGGCCGCCCGCUCGCCGGCGCGGCCGGCCGCCUAUGCUGUAUAUGACGUGACUGAGUCUGAGACAACUCUGAGCAUACAGUACAGAGCCUUGCAACUUGCUCUUGCACAAUUGUGUGUGUGGCGACAGAUUGCGAAAUAGGCCAUCAUACCGCACGCGCUGAUCUUACUUGGCCAAGGACAUCGCAUUUUAUUUUCAAUUUAAUGCUUUCAAGGCAUGCCGCUUUCAAUUUUAUUGACGUUGUUUGACGAGGUAACCAACUGCCUUUACGGAGUCUGACUCUGAGCUGAGUCGAGCCAGCGCCUAGCCCUGAGCUGACGGCCUAGUAUUGAGUAAGAAGAGGGACUGUUAGUGUUGACUAGCUGACUGACUGAGAGUGAGAGAAGCUAAAGCUGGAACGGGAGCUGAACCUAAGUAACACAAUUGGUGUUGUUACCGUACUGUUAGUUAGGCCUAACGUAGAUCUAGGCCCUGGCCUAACAAUUGUUGUCUUGACUUUGUCUUUGCCUGCUUUGGCGAAAGAGAGACGGUUGGAUCUAGAUCUACUCAUUUCCAAGUUAACAACAGGCUUCAGACACCCUAGUAAGGGAUAUGCUCCUCUGAGACUUCACUGGGCCUGGCUCCGCGGCAUCCCCUCCGUCAAUGUGUAGGGAGGACAACAAAAAUAUCAGGAAAUUUUGAAAAACUUUGAAGAAACAGCAGAUUUAUCAAUUCUGUAAGUUGUUGAAGAUGGCGACUACCGUUCGAACAUACAAUGAGGAACUGAAGUACCUCAACAAACUUUCUGGCAAUUGUUGGCAGAUCAAGAAAGGAUUUGUUAACAAUAUGCAGGUGGAAGGACGCUUUUAUGUUGACAAGAAGUUGGAGAGGCUGAUGUUUGAAGAGCUGCAACAUUCCUGUAGAUCAAAAGGUGUUGGUGGUUUUUUACCAGCGGUUAAACAGAUCGCAAACGUAGCAGCAUUACCAGGCAUCGUUGGCUACUCAAUUGGACUACCAGAUAUCCAUUCUGGAUAUGGCUUUGCUAUUGGUAAUAUGGCAGCCUUUGAUAUGUCAAAUCCAAAUGCUGUAGUAUCCCCUGGUGGUGUGGGAUUUGAUAUUAAUUGUGGAGUACGUCUUCUGCGAACAAACCUGACUGAAGAAGAUGUGCUACCUGUGAAGGAACAACUAGCACAGUCACUCUUUGAUCAUAUUCCUGUAGGAGUAGGCUCAAAGGGGGUCAUUCCAAUGGGUGCCAAAGAGUUGGAAGAAGCUCUAGAGAUGGGAAUGGACUGGUCUCUUAGAGAAGGUUAUGCUUGGGCAGAGGAUAAGGAACACUGUGAGGAAUAUGGCCGAAUGUUACAAGCAGAUCCAAACAAAGUCAGUGCUAGAGCAAAGAAAAGAGGAUUACCACAGCUUGGAACACUAGGAGCAGGCAACCACUAUGCUGAGAUUCAAGUAGUGGAUGAAAUCUACAACAAUCAUGCUGCUAAGAAGAUGGGAGUAGACCGGAAGGGUCAGAUCUGCCUUAUGAUACACAGUGGAAGCAGAGGAUUGGGACAUCAAGUAGCCACAGAUGCCUUGGUUCAGAUGGAGAAAGCAAUGAAGAGAGAUAAGAUUGAGGUGAAUGAUCGUCAGCUAGCCUGUGCUCGUAUCAACUCACAAGAAGGUCAAGAUUACUUGAAAAGCAUGGCAGCUGCUGCUAACUAUGCUUGGGUAAAUCGGUCAAGUAUGACCUUCCUUACUCGCCAGGCAUUUGCGAAGCAAUUCAACACAACACCUGAUGACCUUGACAUGCAUGUAAUCUACGAUGUCUCGCAUAACAUUGCUAAGGUUGAAGAACACAUGUUAGAUGGUGUUCAGAAGACUCUUCUAGUCCAUCGUAAGGGAUCAACAAGAGCAUUUCCUCCUCACCACCCUCUCAUCCCUGUUGAUUAUCAGAUGACUGGACAACCUGUACUCAUUGGUGGAACUAUGGGUACAUGUAGCUAUGUCCUGACAGGGACAGAUACUGGCAUGAAUACCACAUUUGGAACAACAUGCCAUGGCGCUGGUCGAGCUUGGUCACGUGCCAAAUCAAGAAGAAACUUGGAUUAUCAACAAGUGCUCAGGAACCUCUCUGAUAUGGGUAUUUCAAUCAGGGUUGCUUCACCCAAACUUGUCAUGGAAGAGGCUCCAGAAUCCUACAAGGACGUAACCAGUGUGGUGAAUACCUGUCAUGAGGCUGGUAUUAGCAGUAAGGUACUCAAACUUCGUCCUAUUGCUGUCAUCAAAGGUUAAACUUCAACUCUCACACUGCUCAAAGACUUUCAUUAUUACAAACUCUUUACUUGAGAUCUCAUUCUGUGAUGCUAUGGAUGUUGAAGGUUAUCCAUAAAAAAAAAUGAUGGUGAUAUAUGCUCAAUGUUGUAUCAUGGACCAUGGAAACAUUUUUUUGGAGAUGGAUGUGUGAUAUUUUCUCAGUACUUUCCUGUACAGGAGAUGGACAAAAAGUGAAACUAGAUAGUAGAGUGGCAAAAGGCAAUAGGUUGAAAAGUAUUGAAGUAUAACAAAUAUUUCAAUUGAUUUGAUUAAGUACGUGUACCACCAUAUGAUCUGUGUCAUAUUUCAAAGGCAUCCAGUUGAUUACUUAAUGUGUAUUAUGAAUAUACAAUCACAUCAUUGUUAAUUGGGGACUAUCAUGAGAAGGUUGUUUUGAAGAUGUUUUGAAGACUUGUCCUUUAAAAACUACCUGAAAAUACUUGUUGAAUUUUAGAUUUAACUUUUGAUUCUAAAGUUGCACGCUUGUGUUAUGUGACACAGUAAAGCAUUUAUUAGACUACAGUAUAUUAUUUAUUUGGGUAUUCAAGUAUUACCAGGUGUAAUAUAACAUAUUCCCUUGUAGGUGAUUGUCCAAUAUCAAUGUUUUGUUCACAUACCACUCUUUCUUAACUAGGGAUAACAUAAACAUAGUAUUCAAAUAAUUCACAUUUAUGAGUGUGUUGUGGCAAUGUGGCACAAUCAAGGGUAUUUACAAUAUGAGACAAGUUUGAUAAUGUUGUGAAUCUGAGAUGGCUGCAUCAUCACUAACAUCAUGAAUCCCAAAACGUGCAUUGUUUUACGAAACGGGUUGGUAGAAUGAGUUUGUAGUUGAAAGUUUGUUGGAAUCCUUCAAAAAAAUUCAGGAUUGCAAAGACAAAGAGGUCACAUCAAAUAUGUGCAUCUAAGUAAAUGCAUCAAAAUCCUUGCCAUAGCCUUUUCUUUGAAAGAGCAUUAUUUCACGUGGCAUCUCAGUCUGUGCAGAGUGCUGCAUUAAAAUGCAUGCCUAGAAAGUUGCUUAGAAUUAAAGCAUGAACAUGUGACUUGCAUACGCACUGACAAUUGGCUACAUCAUUGAACCCAUUUUAUUACUGUUUAAUAAUAGCUGCAUUGUGUAUGAAAGGAGGCAAUUGGGAUAAAUAUCUAAUGACCCUUAUCAAUUUAGUCAUGGUGAGUUUGAUUGGCUAAUAGGGAUAGUAUAGGGUUAUGUGAAGUUUGGUUCACUAAAGAUGUGAGAUUUUGAAAAUGAUCUUGGAGGAAGAUGUCUCUUUGCUCUUUUCAGGAGGAUAAACUUGGAACUGACAAGAAUGAAAUGAUAAAAGAGUUUGAAAUAUGUAUAUUAGAUAUUAAGAAUAAGGUUCAGUUUUGGGAGAGUCUGUGCUUGGGAUUUAUAGCUACUCUGUCAGCUGGUAUGCAAAUGACUUGAUAUACAAAUUAAUUUUCUAUUUUGGUGAUGCUUCUUUGAACAAAGUCUGUUCAUAAAUGUCACUUGCAUGUAGAAUUACCUUUAUGCACUACUGUAUGAAAUACUACCAGAUGAGUGGCUUUACAUAUAGAUUACCCAGAGUAAGUAACUAUUGAUAUGUUCUUAUUUGAAUUGAUAUACUGACAGUUUAUGAGAAAAUUGCAAGUGGAAUUCUAGAUCAUCACUCUCAUACAUCAUCUUUUUUUUUGUAAAUCCAUACAAUAUGUGACUGUCUUUCCGGUUUCAUCCUUAUUUACCAUCUAAUAUGCCAUGUCAUGGGAACCCUCAAGACAAGUGUAUCUGUUAUUUUUUUAAAACUUUAUGUUAGCAUAUUGAUUCAUAAGAUGUAUGAUAUCAAGAACUUGAUAUGCCAUAGUACCAGUAAAUAAACAUUUCUUUCAGAUUUAUAUGAAAUAUGUUAGUGCACAUGUAUAGUUCUUUACAUUUAAUGUAAUUUGUACAUUUUUCCUAGUUUAUUAUUAAUAUUUUUAAAGUAAUCUACUUCCCUUGGAAAGGACUUAAAUGACACAGACCAUAAAAUGGUUCUUUUAUUUCUGAUAUAAUAUGAAUGUUCUCUUAGGAUAUAAAGUUCCAUUCUCAUCUUAUUUUUUUGAGAUUCCUUCACCUCAGUUUGUUGAUGUGAUAAAUUCUUUGGGAUAUUGUUAGAUUGUCUUCCAUUGGGUAUCAAUUUACCUCAUUUGGAUAAAGCAGAAAAUGUUUUUUUGUUUUGUUAAAUAUCAUAUAUCAAUUUGUUCAUUUCACAGGUUUCAUGAAAAGUGAAUUUUCAUAACUGUCAUAUUUUGAUUGAGCCAUUUCAGGUUUCUCUUCACAAGCAUAAGCAGUGCAAUCAUAAAGGGUGUGUACAAUGGGAUGUUAUUUUUGUGGCUAUAUGUUUCUGCAAAGUUUACUAGUCCAUCAUCAUGAAAUUUCCACUUUGGUUAUAUGACCAUUGCUAUAGAAAUUUUAUAUUGAAAAUCAUGAAUAUAACAACUUGUGAAACUCUGCUAAGAUUUAUUUGCACAAGUUCUACAGUUAAUGUAUAUUUAAGCUGAUAUAAGUCAAAUUUCCUCAAAAUUUCUGUUAUGGAUUUGAUUUGAGCAAAGUUGACUGUAUAUUGCACAAAUAAGUACUGAUGGAAAUAUUUAUUCUCAGAAUUAUUGGCCUUGCAAUGUUUUGGCUCACAUAACGAUACACUCUUAAAUAUGAUAUGAUGUGCCUUUUGGUGUUUCCAACUAAGGAUCUAGCCCAUCAUAGCAUUGUCAUGCAUUCAUGCAAGUCAUUUUACACUGUCACUUUAUACACAGGAAAUAAUAUUGAACGUGUUGUUAAUCAACUUUUUUAUGCCACUAUGAAUGAUAUUGUAGGGAGGUAUAAUUUUAGAUGAUUCAAAAUAAUGAGUUCAAAUAAUUAUCAACACAGCAGGAACAUCAGUAAGUUGAUGUUUAUAGUUUCCACUGAAAUGAUGUGGAUGAAACUAUAGCCUGUCCAAGAAAACCUGAUUAUCACAGGUGACUGGGGUAAAAAAGUGACUGAUAUGUGAUGCUCAAUAAGAAAGUUUUUAUAAGGGUAGAACAGUUUCUAUUUAUCUUCCAUGAUCAAGAUAUAUUUUGUGAUGGUUUUCUUGUCUGUGGAAUAAACAAAGAUAAGCAUAAAAAAGAAAACCACCAUAAUAUACCUUCAUGAGUCACUGUAACGCUCGGCUCUCUCUCUUUCCUGGAGAUCGUCAGUUGAAUGAAGUUUUAAAGCUCUUUCUAGGUUGCUAUAGCAAUUAAGCGCUGUUUGUUAGAUUUUGAUAGGUUACGUGAAUAUUUGGUUUGAAUACAGGAUACAUGUAGGUGUUUCCAACUUCACUUUGGCAUCGUUGUUCAUGCAAACAUUUACUUGUCGUAUCUUUGUGUAACAUGUGUUUGGGUCUAACAAACAUGUCACAUUGUGUAGUGCAUUGCUUAAGCCCUGCUUCAACAUAUCAAAAUUUUCAUAUGCAUAUCACUAAUUAUGGAUAAUACAUGUGUAAGUUUAUCCAUUAUGAAAAUUCUAGUGCAUACAGAAUUGGAACACAGUUUUAAGUAGACGUGGUUUUUAUUUUCAUAUAGGUAAUCAAUUAGUGAUGUAUAGGGGGCAAUGCAUCAUAUACCCUGGAUGCUACUUUCAGGGGGGGGGGGGCAGUUGCGCUAAUACUAAAUCCUUCAAAGUUAAAUCUUUAUAACGACCAAAGGAAGGGCUUCAUAAUUAUGUUAAUAGAAGUACAUUUUUCAUGCAGUUUAUCACUGGUAAUCAUAAUUCUAUUUUCCUUCAUGAGCAACUUAAUUUGAUACAAGUUCAAUAUGACAAUAAAUGAUAUAUCUCAAAAAUUUUA